GGGGACUUCAAGUCUCCAAUAUCGUCACAAAGUCCUAACAAGCUUCUUUAGUACCACAGUCAUCACUUCACUGCUUCUAUCAACAUGGUCCAUCUUGUCACUUCCGAUAAUGUGGAGUUCGUAGUCGACAAGGAGGUUGUCGAGCGCAGUGUUCUCAUUAAGAACAUGCUUGAAGAUGUUGGAGAGUCCGAUCAAUCUAUACCUUUGGCCAACGUCUCCUCGGCCGUACUGAGGAAGGUCAUAGAGUACUGCGAACACCACAGGGGUGAACCCUUGCCUAGCGCAGAUGCCGACCAGAAUCAAGAUGAGACCCGCAAGCGAACAACCGAUAUCAGCGAAUGGGACCAGAAGUUCAUAACUGUUGACCAAGAGAUGUUGUUCGAGAUCAUCCUCGCUGCAAAUUAUCUCGAUAUCAAGUCGCUGCUCGACGUUGGAUGCAAAACGGUUGCCAACAUGAUCAAGGGAAAGACCCCUGACGAAAUCCGUCGUCUCUUUAACAUCGUCAAUGACUUCACUCCGGAGGAAGAGGCGCAAAUCAAAAAAGAGAACGAAUGGGCAGAAGACCGAUGAGAGACCACUUCAUAGAGUUUACUGUACCAGCUAUCUUUC